AUGGACUCGCUGGCAUUGAGUGUUGAUGAGGAGGUUGAGGGGCCUUUGGUCGACUUGAUGGAGUUUGAAGAUGCCCCGCAGACGAAUGAGAGGCGCCGAUCACAGGAAGAUGUCACUACUACUGCGACCGCUUUACAAGAUGCGGAAGAGGUUAACGUGAUUGCUAUAGGAGUACAGAUCGCUCCGGAAAUGAUCGAUUGUGCGGUCCAAGCUGAUUUGCAUGAUACUGCCUUACCUCUCACGGUACGACGGGGACGAUCGUUCUCGGGCCCCCCAUCUCUGAAACGUCGAUCGUCAGCGCAGAGCCCUCGGGGAGAGGUUGCGGUGAUUGCUAGUUGUGAAAUGGAGUAUGAUCGAGCUCGAGAGGAAUUCAGAGCACUCGCUGGUAAGUUCCUGGACCUAUAA